UCUAGUUUCUAGCGGAAGGCGGUGGGAGACGGUGGUCGUUGGUAGUCGUGUGGUCGUCGUGUGGAGUCACGAUCUGUGAAUCGAAGCAAAAUGGCGACGUCCGACUCCAAGGCACCUCUGAGGACGGUGAAACGCGUCCAAUUCGGCAUCCUCUCGCCCGACGAGAUACGUCGUAUGUCAGUCACUGAUGGCGGCAUACGAUUUCCGGAAACAAUGGAAGGGGGCCGCCCUAAACUGGGUGGCCUCAUGGACCCGAGGCAAGGUGUUAUUGACAGGAAUUCCAGGUGUCAAACUUGUGCUGGGAAUAUGACAGAAUGUCCUGGCCAUUUUGGUCAUAUAGACCUAGCAAAACCAGUAUUCCAUGUGGGAUUCAUUACAAAAACUAUAAAGAUAUUGAGAUGCGUGUGUUUUUACUGUUCCAAACUGCUUGUCAACCCU